GAAUACCAUUUACGUGAUACACAAAGUGUGGCUGACAUGAUGAAACAAUCAAAUGUCGUCAUCAACCUCAUUGGAAAGAAUUUUUCGACCAGGUACAGCACGUGAUGACAUGUGUACCAUCAUAUAUCGUUUGUAUAUACGGCCAAUUCAAUUAACGUUGUCCUCUGAAAACCGCAAAACGUCGUCUUCUAAGCGCAAAAAGUGGAAUUGCAUGGCCUGUUUAUCAUUAUGAGGUUGUUUCACGUUUACAACUCAAAUGUUUCACAAUUUUGUCAUUGUGCAAUGGUUUGCGUUUGCGUUUUCGUGACAAUUGAAGGCGCUACAACUGCUAAUAACUUCAAAUUGGUUGUAGAAGUCUUCUCAAACAUAAACCAUUGUUUUAAUUAACCUCGAUCUUUAAAAUUGCAUCUAACAUCAAUUCUUUUUAUCAUUUGAUUCCUAAGAACUUCUGAAAUGAUAUAAAAACUUACUUUGAAGACUUUCGUGAAGCACACUUCGUCUCUGAGUUAUUUCAGUUUUCUUGAUAUAUGCAAAUGUCCGGAAUUUACGUCACAUAUGAAUAAUGGCUGAUCAAAGAAUGUAAGGUACAGUUAAAUAUCAUGAAAUAAGAAGGCUAAAUGGCGUUUUACAUAGGUUAUAUCCUCCCACAACUCCAAACUUCAUUUUAAUGAAUUAAGCUCGAUAUAGUGAAUACGAUAUACAAGCUUUACUUUAAGUCAUUAUGCAUUUGUGACGUAAAUUCCAGAUAUUUGCAUACCAACAAACUGAAAAUCUUCAAAAUACGUUAUAAAAUCAUUUCAGAAGUUCUUAAGAAUGAAAUGACAAAAAGAAGUGAGGUUAGGUGCACUUUCAAACUGCAUUAAUUUCAUACGAUGGAUAAUAGACGACAGGUUUUCUUUACAAUCAUACAGUGUAGUUCAACGAGUUUGUUUACCGUCGUCGGCGCGUUGCCGUUCUAGAUGCUUAAAGUUGCUAAUUUCAUUACACUCCAGGCACAACUGACCUAACACACAUACAUAGUGUAAGUUGCAUUGCAUGUAUUUCUUAACAACCUGAACGAAUAUUGGUAAAUUUUAUUUAGGAAUUUUUCCUUUGAUGAAUGUCAUGUUGAAGGUGCUCGUAUCAUUGCUCGUGCUGCAAAACAAGCUGGAGUUCAACGUUUCAUUCAUAUUUCUGCAUUGAAUGCUAGUGAAGAUUCACCAUCACAGUUUUUACAAUCCAAGGUAAAUUUAAUGAUAUCAGUCAUAUGUUACCUUAUACUGCCCGAGUGUCCGCCCUUUUAUAGGCCUGUUUUAGAUGGCGUACACAUUUCAUACUGAUGCUUGUUACAUUUACAAAUGUGGUGAUCUAUAUGUAGUAUUAUGCGAAUAAUGCUGGAAUGUUUGUGAGUGCAUGCAGUAGUAAAAUAUUUUCACGAGGUGACAGAUGGAACAUUCCACUCGGCUGUCGCCUCCUGGAAUUAUAUUUUCAGUCAUUUUUACACCCACAUUUUGCUUCGCACAAAUGAUGUAUUUAAAUUGAUUCCACCUCAUUGUGAAGAUUUUGGGUCACAUAAGCUUGGAAUGUAAUGAAACCAAACCGUGCAAUGAUAAAUAUUGAAAUCCGAUGAAAAAUCUGAUGUGAGAAUGUACUAACAUGUAGCUUACUGUUUCAUACGCUGUCCGCAAUGAAACUAUACAGCUAUUUCAAUCCUAUAUCCAAUCCAAUGUCCCUGAACGAAGAGGAAAAUUGAAUACGGGCGCGAAAGGCUUGUUGGGAAUCGCUAAAAAAAUUUGUAGGGGACAACCUUAAUUAAAAUAGCUGUAUACACAGGGUGUAUAAUAAUAGUUUAGUUUAAUAAUAGUGGCUUAUAAAAUGGCCACUAAACUAGAAAAACAUUUCAGAAGAAUUUAUAUAUGCAUCACAAUAUUUGCCUGAAAACUGAAACACUAUACUGUCGUUUUAGCCGUAUUAGGCCUGUUCUAAACGUCGCAUUUUAUAUGUGCCGAAUGCAUUCAAAACAAUAGAUAAUAGCUGAAAUGCCUUAUCCAUUGUUUUGAAUGCAUUCGGCGCAUGUAAAAUGCGAUGUUUAGAACAGGCUUUAACUUUUUACCCUCAUUUAAAGUGGCACUCGCGUCAAAAUUUUUAUUUUCUUCUCUUAAAAUGCUCUUAAAACUGUAUAGUAACUUGUUUUGAAGAUUUUUGUUCCUAUGCUUAAUUCUUGAGAUAAUUAAUUUUGUUUGUAACCGUGUGACGUCAAUGACUCAAUUACAUAUAUAAUGAGACAUCAGUAAUUGUUGUGUAUCUUUGAUGUUUUUGAUAGAUUUGUUUAAAAAAACAGUAUCCUUAAUGAUGUAGGUUAAAUUAAGAAACGCGCCGCAUCUUUGAAAAGAUUUGAUAAAAAUAGCAAAGAUACACAACAAUUACUGAUAUCUCAUUGUAUAUGUAAUUGAGUUAUUGACGUCACAUAGUUACAAACAAGAUAAAAUAUCUCAAGAAAUAAGCAUGGGAACAAAAAUCUUCAAAACAACUUACUAUACAGUUUUAAGAGCACUUUAAGAAAAUAUGAAAAUAAAGAUUUUGACGCAAGUGCCACUUUAAAACGGCCAUAUUAGUUGUUACCCAUAUUUUUAUUGACACAUGAGUUCAUUUAUGUAUGAUUAAUGUUAUGCAUGAUUAAUGUUAUGCAUGAUUGAUGUUAUGCAUUUACAAAAUUGAAAAAUUAUCUGUGGAAAGCAAAUACGCGAAACAAGUUGAGGUCGCGCGGAGGACUUCGUAUUUAUACAUGAACUUGUGGUUAGAGCUCGACAACUGUGUCUCUGUAGCUCAGUCGGUUCCAGCGCUGCACCGGAAUCACAGGGACGCAUAUUCAAUUCCUGCCAGAGGCCGAUAGUUACAUUUUCCGCAACUGCUCCUGGUUAUGUCCGAUAAAUAUAUAAAUUCAACUUGAAAUUUCCAUCUAGAAAUUCAGCAGAAAUACCCAUGCAUAUAUAUUCACAUAAAUUCUUCGGACAUUUUGCGGAGUUUUCAGCUUUAAUCACACUUUAUAAUUAUGUACUUCUUUAUACACCUUGAGGUUGAAAUUAAUUUGGAGUAAUUUCAUUUGGGAUUGGCUCAUAUCCAGCGUGGCAUUGAGCUCUAUAUACAGUAUCUGGAGCAACAACUUCAGUCAUUCGGCCUAUGAGAAAAGUGCAGCCGAGAUUGUGGAAAUUGAUACAUUUAAUACCAUUUUUCCAAGCUAAGGCGUAAAAAAAUACCUGUGGUUCCGGUUCCCGACAGACCCUAUUUUUUUCUGCCGACCCUAUUAUUUUUUCAACGCGAUUGCCCGUGCGACCCUAUUUUUUCCAGGUGGUUGCGGGCUGCUUGUACAGCGCGCCAAAAUGGCGUCUGUUGUCACACUAAUUAUUAAACCAAAUUGCCUAAAUUCGUCCAUAGGAAAUACACAUCUCUAGUUAAUAUUGAUGUCGGGACUCUACUGCAAAUCGCCCAACCAAAAACCGCCAAAACCAUGAAAUAAUAUUUUUAAAAAAAAAUUAUUUCCGACCUACCAAUCAGAAUUUUUUCACAAUAUGAAACCGGAACCACAUGUAUUUUUUUUUUCGCCUUAUUCCAGUUUUUUUCUAACGGACCAUAUCGCUAAACAAGCUGUCAGUUCAGAAAACCUAGUGUUAUUCUUUAAAACGAUGUCAAAUUACGAGAUUUGGGCACACUUCUUGCCUGUUUUGUGUUAACCUCGCAGACAAAACAAAUAGAAAAGGACUAGAACAGACGUCCAAUAACUCUUCAUGCAAUUUCCACAUUUUGCCUUCGCCUUUUGGACUUGAGUUCUCGCUACAGAUAUAGACCAAUUGCACUGACGUCACAAAUCCUUAGAGUGUCCUCCAGAUGCUCCCUAACAAUAUCUGUUCGGGUACAACAACCACAUACAGCGCAAAAACGAAUCAUUUUGAUACAAAAUUAUUUUUAAGUUUUACAAAAUUUGCUUUGUUUACAAAAGUUAUAUUAUGCAUAGAUUGCUAAUUUGUCCUCCAGAUGCAUCGUCACCGGCGCUGUGACGUCAUGUGCAAUGGGUCUAUAUGUGGAGCUCGCUAGGUAGAACCAGGGUUGAAAAAAUCCUGGAAAGUCAUUUGAUUCGUUGGUUAACGGUAUCAUUUUUUCAUUUUUGUUUCACAGGCACGGGGUGAGAAAGCAGUUAGAGAGGAAUUUCCUGAUGCAAUAAUUCUAAGGCCGUCUGAUAUUUAUGGUCAUGAAGACAAGUACUUUAACUACUACUCAUGUAAGUACCCUGCAUUUGGCUUACUGUGGAUAAUAUAUAUUAACGAUACCUUGGUCCGAAUUUAUAAAAACGUUCAUGUUGUUUUUUUGUAGGUUUUGUUCGCGUAUGUAAAACUGCCUCUUGCUAUAAAAUUACUUACCGCAGGCUUAACCUAUACAUAACUCAGUUUUUUGUACAUAACUCAGUUCACUCAAAGUUUAUGCACUGCGUGAUUUCCAUAUUUAGCUGAUUAGCAUAACUGUGGUAAAUGCAUGUAUAAACAAUCUCAUAAAAAGAAACACGCCCAUUGUGCUUUUUGCGCUUAGAAGUAGACGUUUUAUGGUUUUCACAGGAUAACCUUACUUAAUUUAGCUGUUUAUAGUCCACCUGCUCAUCUGAAAGAAACAAUCAUGUUAUUGUUUCGUAUUUCUAGAUUUCCGCAAUAUUCCUUUCGGCAUUCCAUUGAUUGAUGGCGGUAUGAACACCAGAAAGAGACCUGUUUUCGUAAGUAUUUUUUCUCCUUUUCAGGCCUUCCAAAAGAAAUGCUAAUUAAGACCACAGUUAAUAGAACUCAUGGUUUGGAUACUCCACUAACUACAAUAUAAAUCAUUGUCUAUGUCAGUUUACGUUUAUACAAGAAUAUGAUUUUAUCGCAUCACGUGUGUAUUGUAUUUUCGCCUAAACAACCAAUAGUAAUGCUUAAAGGAGCAGUGUCACCGUUUGCGCAUCUUUGCUGCGCAUAAACAAAACAGUUCGGAAAUGGCCGGAACCAUUCGGCGCAAGUACCUUUCACGAUCAAAGGAGCGAAGCUUGUGUGAAAAAUCAAAAUGGUGAGUAAAAAUUUGCAUUUAUUUGCAUACAAUACAUAGAUGGAAAAUGUUGAAUUGAUCAUUCCCACAUUUGCAUAGGAAAGCCACUGUGAUUGUAAAAGUUCUUGCAGUGUAAAAAGGAAAGAGAAUGGAACUCGAGGUUGUCGUUGCAAAGGGCGAAAUGUCGAAUGUUCGGAUAAAUGCCGGUGUGGUACUCGCGAUAAACCUUGCAAGAAUAGAGUAAGUAUGUCAAUAUAUUAAUUUAAACAUUAAAAUGAUAAAUCGAAAGCAUGAAUUUAACAAUUGCUUUUAUGAUUUUCGUCUAGGCAAUGACAAAAAACAUGGGAAGGGAAAGAGACAACAGGAGUGAAAAAGCUACGGAUACUCGUGCAAAACAAGGCAAAGAAAAAGGCUUUCGUCUUAGUUCUAAACCAACCGAGUCAGAGGAGACACAGAGGGAAAAGGAGCACAAAGAUGUCAAGGUAUAGCGCAUACUUGAAUUUGUUGAAUACGUUUUAAAUGAAGCCCUUUUUGCAUGUUUGGUAAACUUUGUUUACGUUUUUGGCAGGCAAAAACUACCUAGAAUGUAUUGUAUUGUAUUCUUACUCUGCUAAUGCAGCAUUGCUCUCGUUCAUGCUUAUUUGACUACCAAAAAAAGUAAACAAGGUUAACUUAUAGGGUCUGUAAUAGAGAUUUUUCAAUAUAUUGAAAUACUGUAUACAGAUACAGUUUACAGUAAGGUACUGUACAUACAGGUACUUGGUUAUAGUGCAUUUGAAAGGAUUUAUAGUUUCACUUUGGGUUCACAAGUAAAAGUAAAUUUAUUCUCAUUGUUGAACUUAUGAACAUGAAUUUAACCUAUUCUUCGUUUUCAACUAUUCCCAGGAGAGACAAUUGAACAAAAGACAUGACAGCCAUGCUGGUCGUCUUGAUAAAAGAAACCACAGUCACUGGUGGACAUUUUGUCCAUUUGUCUCUCCU